AUGGCUUCCAAUAACCAGCAUUUGUCCCUCCGCAACUCUCCCGCUCCAGGCUCUUCAGGCACAGCAACACCUACAUCUGGCUCUCAGACAAUCACCGCCGAUCCAACCCAGCAGCCUUCGGCAACUCUCAGACUUCGCGGCGCAUCACCUUCGACCUCCUCAGGCCGAAGAAUACAAUGGGCUGAAGAUGUGAUCGACAAUGAGGGCAUGGGGAAGAAGUCCUCAAAAGUCUGCUGUAUCUAUCACAAACCACAUGAGCCUGGCGCCUCGGACAGCAGUUCGGAAAGCGAUACGAGUGAUUCCGAUUCGGAGCCCGAUUUGAGUCGUGCGAGAAAGGCCGGGUGCGGCAAGAAGAGAGGUAGAGGGAGUAAGAGGGAUGGAGAAGAUAAAGGCCAGAGGAAGCCCAGCCCAAAUGCUUACGAGAGGCAACCGAAGCACAAGGGGAAGCAGAAGCAGGAGGGAUGA